UGCAGCGCGCCGGAAGUACUGACUUGCCUGUAUUGCAGUGAAAAGCUCAUGUCGGUAUGUCAGGAUAAAGUUGAGGUUUGAAAACAAGAGGUGGAAUAACAACGAGCUUAGGAGAAACGCCACCUUUAAAAUACUGCAAGUGUAAGAAUCGCCGCCGAGUCGGAUUAAAGAAGGAAUACAGUUUUAGACUUCUGUUAUCCGAUGACAUUUUCCAACUCUAAUUACUUUGUACAGCACUGACCUAUUAAACUUCAUCCUUAUUUAUACCUGGUGGCUAGCAAUGGAGCAAAACAACAGUUUACCACCGUAUGCACAAGGACUGGCUUCUCCUCAGGGUGCAAUGACACCUGGGAUUCCCAUCUUUAGUCCAAUGAUGCCCUAUGGCACAGGGCUUACACCACAGCCAGUUCAAACAACAAACAGUCUCUCAAUUUUGGAAGAGCAACAAAGACAACAACAACAGCAGCAACAGAAUGUUUCUCAGCAUGGUGUUGUGCAGGUUUCAUCUGGACAGGCUCCCCAGCUUUUCCACUCUCAGUCAGUAACUACAACUGCUCUUCCUGGAACUACACCGCUUUAUCCUUCACCUUGCACUCCAAUGACUCCCAUCACUCCUGCAACACCAGCUUCUGAAAGCUCCGGUAUUGUUCCACAGCUGCAGAAUAUUGUAUCAACAGUAAAUUUGGGCUGUAAACUAGAUUUGAAAACCAUAGCACUACGAGCUCGAAAUGCUGAAUAUAACCCUAAGCGAUUUGCGGCUGUUAUCAUGAGAAUUCGAGAACCGAGGACAACAGCACUUAUCUUCAGCUCGGGAAAAAUGGUGUGUACAGGAGCCAAGAGUGAAGAACAAUCACGUUUGGCAGCUAGAAAAUAUGCAAGAGUUGUCCAGAAAUUAGGAUUUCCAGCUAAAUUUCUGGAUUUUAAGAUUCAAAACAUGGUUGGCAGCUGCGAUGUCAAGUUCCCAAUCAGACUAGAAGGGCUGGUUCUAACCCACCAACAGUUUAGUAGCUAUGAGCCCGAGUUGUUUCCUGGAUUAAUCUACAGAAUGAUCAAACCUAGAAUUGUUUUGUUAAUUUUUGUGUCUGGGAAAGUAGUGCUUACAGGUGCAAAGGUUCGUUCAGAAAUCUAUGAAGCUUUUGAAAACAUUUAUCCAAUUUUAAAAGGAUUCCGAAAGACCACGUAACCACUGUGGUGGAGAAGCAGCAAAAUUGUUAUUUUUAUUUUUAUAUGGUAUUAAGGCAGUUCAAAAACUUUUAACUUCAUUAUUCUUUGGAAACGUCAUGUCUUUCAUAGUAUUAACUUUAGAAAUACAUAGUCAUACAAUAUGGUGUCUGUGUUGUUUUCCCAGCAGAACUGCCUUUUUUUUUUUUUACUUAAAUGUUUUUACAUGAAAUAUAAAAGUGUUUGAGGUGCUUCCACAAAUAAGGCAUUACUUCAACAAUACUUAUUUUAAAUUUUUAAAUAUGCAACUUUAAGUUGUUUUAAUUCCAAGGUACAAACAUGUCUAUGUUUAAUAUUUUACAGACAUUCCUUUUAUUUACAAAAUAACACAUGAAAUACUGCAAUAUUUAAAGUGUAUUUUUUUUGUAAUUUAAAAUUUUAAUUUAGUCUAGGGAUGAUGUUUUUGCUUGUAAAAAGCUCUUUUAUUUUAGGGCAAAUGUUUUAUUCAUUUUAAUGAGACUAUUUUUGAGAAGCACAUGUAUCAUUUUAAAUGCAACUUUAACUAUUAUUUUUAAUAUAACUAAUAAUUGCUUUCAUUUGUUCAGUGUUUGAAUUGUUUGCCCUGUCAGUAAAGCAAAACAUUUGUUGCUUUAAUUGUCCUCAAAUUCUUUCAUGUGAGAUCUGUUGUAUUAUCAAUGCAAAAUUUCAAUGUUAGAUACAACAUUCACUUGUAUGCAAGUGGUAUUGUACAUCAGUAUCAUUAAAGAAUUUAUCCCAAGAA